CUCUGCUUUAGGAAACGUGGCCUUGCGCACGCGCAGCAGCUCUUGUGCCGGUACGGUUUGGAUCUGUGUGCGUUCGUUUGUGUUGCAGUGAGAAGCUCCGGAGGAGAGGAACCAUGUCCGAGGCAGAGCAGCAGGUGGCGGCGGCGGAGGCCGCGCUGAACGGCAGCGAGGCGGGGAACGUGACGGUGAAGUUCGUGGCCUCGGCGGAAGGCGCGGCGCUCGCUUACGGCUCGCUGGUGCUCAUGGCGCUGCUGCCCAUCUUCUUCGGGGCGCUGCGCUCCGUCAGCUGCUCGCAGUCCAAGAAUGCAGCUGACAUGCCAGAGACAAUCACGAGCCGAGACGCUGCCAGGUUUCCCAUCAUUGCCAGCUGUACUUUGUUUGGACUCUACCUCUUCUUCAAGGUAUUUUCUCAAGAGUAUAUCAACCUGCUGCUGUCGGUUUACUUCUUUGUCCUGGGUGUCCUCGCUCUGUCUCACACAAUGAGUCCUCUGAUGUCCAGGGUUUUUCCAGCAUCCUUGCCUAACAAACAGUACCAGCUGCUCUUCACUCAGGGCUCUGGAGAGUCCAAAGAGGAAAUUGUCAACUAUGAGUUUGACACCAAGAAUCUGGUGUGUCUGCUCAUCAGCACUGUGGUGGGUGUCUGGUACAUGCUUAAAAAGCACUGGAUCGCCAACAACCUGUUUGGUUUGGCUUUUGCGCUGAAUGGCGUGGAGCUGCUCCAUCUGAACAAUGUCAGUACCGGCUGCAUCCUGCUGGGGGGGCUGUUUGUCUACGACAUCUUCUGGGUGUUUGGGACCAAUGUCAUGGUAACAGUUGCCAAGUCCUUUGAGGCACCAAUCAAAUUGGUUUUUCCUCAGGACCUGUUGGAGAAAGGUCUAGAAGCCAGCAACUUCGCCAUGCUGGGUCUGGGUGAUAUUGUCAUCCCAGGUAUCUUCAUUGCCCUGCUGCUGCGCUUUGACGUCAGCUUGAAGAAGAACAGCAGGACGUACUUCUACUCCAGCUUCCUGGCCUACAUCUUUGGACUUGGACUGACUAUCUUCAUCAUGCACACCUUCAAACAUGCACAGCCCGCUCUGCUCUACCUGGUCCCAGCCUGCGUCGGCUUCCCUGUCAUUGUUGCUUUGCUUAAGGGAGAGCUCAUCGAGAUGUUCAGCUAUGAGUCGUCUCAGGAGCUCCUCCCCGCCUCUCCCAGACUCGCCUUCUUCCCCACAGUCAGUGGCUCACCCGCCAGCCUGGCUAGCUCCAUGGACGCUGUCCUGAAGCCAACAGGCUCCUCCCCCCGCCGCCGAUUACAACCUACUUCCAUGUAGAGGUGUGGCCUCUGCAGGUACGAGGAGUCCUCAGCUGAGGAGGCGGGGCAUAAAGAGGAGAAGAAGGACCAAUAACCUGCAUCCCUCUCCCUCCCCCCAAUGUAAAGAUCCAGCCUGACAUCACAUUUCACUGAAGCCCCGCCCCUUCACCCUGUUGCUGGGGGCGGGGCUUUCAUCACCAGCACUUCUCUCUGGUGGAGUCUGGCUGGUCUUCAUGGUAACGGCUGACUUAUUCAGGCUGUUGUAUUCCCAUCAUCCAUCUGCGUGUUUAUCUACAAACGAGGCCAGACAACUCUGCUGUCUUGGCUCCGCCCCUGAGUGGCUCUGCCCUCAAAUUUAGCGAUUUAUCUUCCACACUCCCAGUGAUGGACAUGGGACAGGAUGUGACCUCAUUGGCAGCUUUAACAAAUCUGGUGUUCCUGGUUCUGAACGAGUGCCACACCCCUCACGGCUCAGCUGCAGAUUCCGGCAUUCCUCACGUUCACGCUCGUGUCAUUAAUGUCAAAGGUCAAAUUUUUGUAAGUUAAAAGCUUGACUCUUUUGUUUUUGUUUAAAACUGUAAUUUCUUUAUGAUGUGGACAUCGUGACUUGAGCAGC